CCGCUGCCGGCGGGAAGGAAACUGCAAGGACUGGUAUCGCAGGGCGCAGACUGCCUCUCACAGCGGCUCCGGGAGCUGCGGGAUCGGAUCUUCUACAGCAGCUGGGGCGCUAAGAGCGCUGCCCCCUCCCCCGAGCAGCGCUUGGGCUGCCAGUGCCAGCGGGCACCAGGGCGGCUGUUUGAUUCCCUCCGCUGUGUGAGCGCGACCGUCCCCCGUCAAGGAAAGAUGGCAUGUGCUGUCCAAAAACGGAGAAUCCAACUAACUGGAUUUAAGAAACAAGAAAAGGAGGCUAUAGUUGAAUUACUACUUACGCUGGACUGUGUUUUUAUUGAUACUGAGCAAUACAGAAAUUGCACACAUCUUAUAGCAAAACAGCUUUCCAAGAGUGAAAAGUUCUUAGCCGCUUGUGCAGCAGGAAAGUGGAUACUAACUAAGGACUACAUAAUUAAUAGUGCCGAAAGUGGCAGAUGGCUUGAUGAAACAACUUACGAAUGGGGAUAUAAAAUUGAAAAAGACUCCCAUUAUUCACCUCAAAUGCAAUCUGCACCUAAAAGAUGGCGCGAAGAACUGACAUGCUCUGGUGCUUUAGGGGCCUUCCACAGAUGGAAAGUUAUCCUCCUUGUGAAAGAAGGUGAUAAACGAAGGGAUUCUAUCACAAGAGUUCUAGAAGCUGGAAAGGCAAUUAUAUAUCCAUCACAAAAAGAAGUGAGAGCUGUUACUCAUGUAUUCACUGAUAAUAAAAGUGUCACCAUAGAGAGAGAGAAACAUCUCUUUGAGGCUCCAUAUUAUCCUGUGCAAUAUAUAGGGGAUUAUCUUUUUGAGAAUGAAAUACAAAAUAUUACUGAAGAUAACCAAAUGAACCAUCUUUUAGCUCAACAAGAAGCCAGAGAUACGUCUGACAUGCAACUUGUUGCAAUGAAAAAUGCAUUAAUAAAGCAUAUCUAUUUUACUCAGACGGUGAAGCAGAAGUCUACUCAAAUAGACCAACUGAGUGGAUGUGGUACAGAGGUUAAAAAUAUUGACCUCUCCAGAGGUAUAUUGUGCAUACUUGAAGGACUAGUAGAAGGACAUUUCUUUACUGAUGUAAUCACAGAACUUGCUGCUAUUCAAAAAUACUUCAUCCCUCCUGUGCAGCUUCUUCAUUCUCUUCUAGAACAUACACUACAGGGAAAUACGGACACCGUAUUCUCUGCUAAAUUUUUUCACAUCUUGUACAUUCUUCUUCAACUGGAUCCUCCUUGGAAGUCUCCUUCCAUGUUAAGAUAUUAUCUGGAAUUUCUUCAGUGUCCUAUUUGCAUGAAAGGAACAUGGUCUCUGCUAGAGAUGCUUGUGAGAUCUUGCCUUUACUGCAAAAGCUUUUGUCAUGCAAUCUCUGUUUCAGAAAAAAAAAAUGAACAGAGAGUUGUUCACAAAACGUUACUCAAGUUUUUCUUCAAUUUAGUGAAAGCUGAAGUACAGGCUUUAACCAGAAGAUUAUGUGAAGGGGCCAAUUCACAGCCUCUGCAAGUUAUGCCACAGACAGUUCUUCUGAAGACCUUUUGGCUGGGAAGUGAAACCUCUCUGCUUUUUACCAAACAUAUAAAUAUUCUAGUAGAUUGGAUCAUACAUUCCUAUAGAGAAAAGUUCAAAACAAAUGAUGCCUUCAAAGAUGAAGUAGCUAUGCUGCUAACUGGAAUUCUUGGAACUGUAGUAGAAUAUUGGAUUCUUUCUGGCUUUAUGAUGGACAGAAACGUGUUGCAUCAAGUGGCAGAUGACCUGGCAAAUUACAUUGCCAUUUCAUGUGAUGAGGCAGUCUUUAAAAAUUUAUGUUUACGGAGGAACAUUACUAUUUCUGCCGAACCUCUUUCUCUUCACAAAAUAGUUUGUUCCUGUUUGCCUGCUUUAGGAGAAGUAGGUAUGCAUGAGACUGGGAAAGUGCAGAAAGUGAAGAAAAAGAAAAUAGGGCAGUGGCCUUGCCCUGAGUCUCAAAGGGCAUUAAUGAUGCUAAAUGGUGAUAAGCAGAACCAAACCAAACGGCUGCCUGAUCUACCUGAACUGACCUUCAGUAAAUUCCCUCCAUUAUCAAAGAAGUUAAGGACAAAAGCAGAAGUUGAGGUGUCAAACACCAAAGAGAAUCGUCACCCUUUGGAUGAAGAGAUGCACUUUUACAAGACUAAUAUUAAAGGAGAGACAGCCCUGCAUAUAGCUUGCAUAAGAAACAAAGUGGAGAGAUUGAUUCAGCUUCUCCCUUUCCCUGGAACAGACAUUAAUGUUAAAGACUAUGCUGGCUGGACGCCAUUGCAUGAAGCCUGUAACCAUGGUAGCACAGUGUGUGUCCGUGAAAUUUUGCAACGUUGUCCAGAGGUAGACCUGCUCAGUCAAGUGGACGGGGUGACUCCUUUGCAUGAUGCACUGUCAAAUGGACAUGUAGAAAUUGGCAAACUGCUACUUCAGCGUGGAGGACCACUGCUCCUACAGCAGAGGGACUUUUAUGGAAAAUUGCCACUGGAUUAUGUGGAGUCCCUACCAGUAAAACAAGAACUUUUGGAUAUUGUCCACCCAAAAGAGACUGUCAAGAACUUCUGUGAACGUGUGGAAAAAGAUUUCCACAACCAGCAAAGAGAACUUUGGUUAAUUUUAUUUAAUAAGAUGUUGCUAAAUUUUUGUUCAGUUUAUAACUUAACUUCACCUUCUCCUUUAUCUUUUAAAGCCCACUUAAAUUCACUUCCAUUAGUGGCUAUUAAUGGUUGUAAGUUGAAAAGUAGGUCUCUUACUGAUUGGUUAGUAGAUCUUUACGUUGGAGAGGUACAGACUUUCCAGAAACUUCCAGAGUUUAUUCAGGAAAUAUCUGAGAACCUAAAAAAGUCUUUUGGAGAACAGGUAUAUCCCUUAUUGGCAACACUAGAAACUAUUGCAAUGGCAACUCAGGUGGCUACUUUUCAUCUUUCUAACAACUAAGAUUAAUUUUCAGAUCAGUUCCAUUGGUUCGGUUGUGAUAGUUUAUCAUGGGCGAGAUUCAUUCUUGUGAAUACAGGAGUGCACAUGGCACAUCCUACACCAGGCUGGCCUACUGCUACCUAGGAAAUAUUCCUUUGAUCCCUUCUGGCAUCUUAAAGCACUAAACCAAAGGCUUCCAUAGUCCCACUGACGGAAGCUGCAGUGUGGAAGUACUGGGUACCUCCUGGCCACUACCCCUGUGUGGCCAAAGUCAUCAACUUUUCAGGCUGAACUAAAUGCCUGUGGCUCCCUUAGCAGGGGAAAGUUCACUUGCACUCUAUCAACCCCUCUUUUUUCCCCUUCUAGCACAUUUUCUGUCAUGAGGAAUCUUGUGCCAGAAUUCUUGCUGGUUUCCAAGGAUGUUAACCCUAAAGUUUAUCUGAUUUAGACACUACAGUUGGUUACUUUUUUCCAGGGCAUACAGUUAUGCCUGCUGUUCUCAUGUGACUAACUUUUUGAAUACUUGUCAAAUAAAUAAAACAAAAAUGGAAAAACUACUACUACAACAAUCCAUUUUUCCCUAUAUCAUCAUCCUAGGAAAUACAUAUUUUUAAAAUACAUUUAAAAUUUAGCUCAAAAGUUAGUUUUUAAAAUUGUGUAUUUACAGUACCAGUUUACAGUACUUCUCAUAUUGCCCUUACUGAUUUUGCAUCAAAGGAUCUUGACAAAGUUGUUCAUGGAAAUGAGCCAUUAAACUUUCUACUAGCUUUCUGUAGCAUUCUGUGCUUGCUCAUUCAUACCUGCAUAAUGAUCAGCUUGACUCAGAUCCUCAGCUACGUUAGAACUCUGGUUGGCAGGGCUGAAUAGGAAAAGUAACCAAGCUUCCUUUAUGCUUUCCAGAUUCCUAAGGCUGCUGUGGCCCAGUUUGGCCUCCAACAUAAGUUACACAACCUUGGGGUUUCUCCAAACUGUGCUGGCU